AUGAAGCUUGAGCCAGGAACAGUUGAGGCACUGUACAACAGCCAGAUAAACAAUCCAUUGUACCGAAAUCCUGUACUUCAGAUAACAUCGCUGGGGAAGCUGUCGGUUGUGAUUGGAGACAAGCAAAGAUAUCGUGUCAACCUGUCUGAUGGCGUAGGAUACAUGAAGGGCAUUUUUUCAAGCGAGCUUACGCAUUACUUUGAGCAGGGGCUGAUCAGCAAGUUGAGCCUGAUAAAGUCUGGCAAGUUUAGCGUGAGGUCGAAGGAUGGAAAUGUGUAUAUAUACAUUCAGGAAAUUCUUGAGUAUGAGGACUGUAAUGUAGAGAUAGGAAAGCCUGUCAAUAUAAGCACGGGGAAUGCCUCGUUCAGUGACAAUCAAGCAAGCCCAGGGCCUAGUGUGCAGAAGAGUAGAUUGCCUGUGGCGCAGAAUCACAAAGAAGACAUUGGAUAUGGCACUGAAAAGAAGAGGCCAAAGGCCGAGAGCGCUGAUGAUGGAUUUACACCAAUCAACAUGCUGAAUCCGUUUCACAACAAAUGGAUUAUCAAAGGAAGAGUAAUGGCGAAGAGUGACAUAAGGAGAUUUACGAAUCAGAAGGGGGAAGGAAAGCUGUUCAACUUUGAGGUGUCUGAUGGAAGUGCACAGGUGAAAGUAACGUGCUUCUCGGAAACAGUGGAUGUUUUCUAUCCGAUUGUUGAGAUAGGAAAGGUUUACUCCAUUGAGAAGGGAACGAUUAAGAUGGCAAACAAGCAAUACACUACGAAUCCAUUUGACUACGAGAUUGUUCUUGACAAGAACUCUGAGAUCAGGCACGCUGAUGAUGAUGGAUCGCCAAGAUAUUUUUUCAACUUUGUUAAGAUCUCCGAUCUGACUCCAGAGAUUGCCUACUGCGAUAUGAUUGGUGUUGUGAAGGAUGUGUAUCCACCGUCCACUGUGCUGGUCAAGAGCACACAGAACGAGCUUCUUAAAAGAGAUGCUGUUAUUGUUGAUGAGAGUGGGAGCGUGAGGCUAACACUAUGGGGAGCAAAAGCGGAUCUUGACAUUGAGAGCGGGAUGGUGCUUGGAAUGAAGUCUGUGAAGGUUAGCGAUUUCAAUGGGGUUUCAGUGUCUACGGCAGGAAAUACUCAGGUCUUGAUCAAUCCGGAUGUUUCUGAAUCACAUGAGCUUGCAGGAUGGUACCAGGCAGUGGGCAAGGAUGUCCAGAUAGUGCUUCCUAAACGAGAAGAAAAGAGAAAGCUGAUACAGGAGGUGAAGGACAACGAGUUGCAGUAUUCGAGCAUCCAAGGCACUGUGAUGUUUCUGAAAGAGGAUGGGGUGUGGUAUGCAUCAUGUCCGGGAGAAGGAUGCAACAAGAAGGUUGCUAUGGAGAGCAACGGAUGCUAUAGAUGCGAGAGGUGCAAUAUGGCUUAUGAGGAAUGCAACUACAGAUACAUGGUUAGCAUGCAUCUUGGAGACUUUACUGGGCAAAUGUGGGUGAAUUUGUUUGAUGAGGUGGCAACAAGCUUCUUUGGAAUAACAGCAAAAGAAAUGAAGACGAUGAGUGAGGAGUCGCCGGCUGAUCUCCAAUGCUUGAUCAAGGGGGUGUACUUCAAGGAGUAUGUUUUCAAGGUCAAGUCAAAGCAAGACAACUACAACGAUGAAGUCAGAAUGAGAUACACAGUAUUGAAUGUAAGCGAGUUGGAUGCAUCAAAGGAAAGCAAAAGGCUUCUUGAUGUAAUUGAAAAGAUUUGA